UUUAGAUCAGUGUGAGCUUAUGCCAGAACAAGUAUCACGAAAAUCCAAUUCCAAAGCUAAGUUCACAUGUGGAAUAUGCUACAAAUCCAUGAAUCAGAGCGUUCACUACAAAUGCCACAUGAGGACACAUACUGGAGAGAAGCCUUAUAAAUGUGAAUUGUGCUUGAAAGAAUUUAAAGGAUCGUCUGAUUUUAAUAGACAUACAAUGAUUCAUACUGGUGAAAGACCCUUUCAGUGUAGUAUAUGUGACAAAAGAUUUUCUCGGAAGUUUAAUCUUGAAAGACACCUGUUGAUACAUUAAGAGAUAAAGUAUGAAUCUAAAAUCUAAAAAUAAAAAGAUGACAUAAAUAACAGCACACAAUAUAACAUACUGAAAUGCAAUACUUUCAAGCUGUAUGAAAGCUUAUUCAUCAUGUUUAUGCCCUUCUGUCAUGCCUUGAGUGGUUGGUGAUAUUAAAAUGCAUGUUGUAUGAACAUGUUAAAGUGAUUAGUUGAUAAUGUUGUAAUAUAGUCAUUCAGUGACCGAGUGUCCUAUAGCCUUAGGUCAAUAUCAUAUUUUCUGAGGAAUAAAAGCCAUAUUCAAUCCCGACCAGAAAUAACCUAUUUAUUCCAUAAUACAUCCCUCUAAAAUGUUACAUUUGGAUAAAACAUUAUAUUAAUAAAUGCAUUGUUUGCACUCCCUUGGCAAAUAUCAUAUUGUCCAAUGUCUAUAUAAUAUUUUGCGAGGGAUAAAACCCAUAUUCAUUUUAUCAAUUAGUCAAGGUUAAAAAUAAGC